AUGCGCGCCGCAGAAAGGCAGCCGCUGCCGGAGGGCGACAGCCCCGCGCUGCGCAGGCGCAGUGGCGCCUGGCGGCGCGCGCGCUUAACGGCUGGGCGGGCUGUGGGGGCGGGGCGAUGCGGAGGCCUCGGGAGCCCGCCGGGCGCCGCCGUGAGGCAGCGGGUCUUCGGCUGGUCACGUCCGGCCGCCUCGAUGCGCAGCGCAGCGCGCGCCGGAAGCAGAUGGCUCUGCACAAGUCUCCCUAGCACAGGAGACACAAAACUCAAGACGUUGCAUUUACGCUGGCAGAGAAAGGGGUCUUCCUCGGCAGCUGAGGCCGCUGCUGCCCUGGCCUUGGGGGAUCUGCUCGCUCCACAGCAGCUCUCCUCAGUCGCGUCCAGCCUCUGCUACUUCACAGAGACGCGACUGCAGCAAAGAGACGCUCUAGUUUCUCGUGUGAAAGGCAGAGGAAGAACACUGUACUGUGAAAACGCUCAGGAAAGGUUGUGCCUUAGCAUCUCCUCCGUAACGUCAAAGCUAACGCGUGGUGACGUGUGGGUGGCGUGGCGGGUGGGUGGCGUGGCGGGUGGGCGGCGCGGCGGGGGCAGCGGGCUGCCAUGGCUGCGCCGAGGCCGCCACAGGCUGCGGGAGGUGCUGGAGCAGCACCUGCGGGGCUUGGGCAUCACCACCGUCACGGCGGAGCACCCCCAGGUAUUCACUGUUGAAGAAAUGAUGCCCUAUGUCCAACACAUGAAAGGAGGUCACAGUAAAAAUCUUUUUCUUAAAGACAAAAAGAAGAAAGGGUUCUGGUUGGUAACUGUUCUACACAACAGGCAGAUUGAUUUGAACGCUCUUGCUAAAAAACUGAGGGUUGGGAGUGGAAAUCUAAGAUUUGCUAAUGAAAAUGCCAUGUUGGAAAAAUUAAAAGUGGGCCAAGGAUGUGCAACACCACUAGCCCUCUUCUGUGACCAAGGAGAUGUGAAGUUUGUACUGGAUGCUGGCUUUCUGGAAGAUGGCCAUGAAAGGGUAUAUUUUCAUCCAAUGACAAAUUCUGCAACCAUGGGAUUAAGCCCUGAAGACUUUCUGAAGUUUGUGAAAUCAACAGGACACGAUCCAAUAAUCAUACAUUUUGAUGAAAAUAUUAAGUAGAUAAAUUUCACAUUUUUAUUGUUAGGCAUAGAUUUUAUAGAACAAAACUAGUGGAAUUUUCAUUACAAAUACAAUUUGAAAAAAUAGGCAUGCUUCUCUUUUUUUCAAUUACCUAAAUCUGUCUUCUAUAAUCUGGUGAAAAAAAUACUGUCUUCAGAUUAUUAAAAGUUCAACAGAAUAUUCUUUAUGAGAAAAGAUGCUUGCAUUCUGCCACUAAGUAACCAGUGGGUAGAAAAAGGUUUUAUUUAAAUAAUGUUAUAGUGUUUAAUAAUAAAACUGAUAAAACCGGAACUUUCAA